AUGCCUUCACCUGAUCACUCCUUCGGCGCGCCCAUCCAAUCCACCCCCCCUCUUCCUGUACAUUCAGCGUCACAGACGCACGAGACGCACGAUUGCGAAAAACACGCCGAUUCACCGCUACCUUUCGCGACCACAGUUCAGCCUCCACCACCACGAGGAAAGACGCGCCUUGCCUCAGCAUUCUUCGCCUACUUUGUACUUGGCUGGGGAGACGGCGUGACUGGAACCCUUCUACCUCACUUCAAGAGCGAUCUACAUCUGAGCUUCCUCUUAUCAUCGUUGUUUUGGGUGGCAAGUGCAUCCGGCUAUGCCCUGGGAACCGCCAUUGUAGAGCACAUCACCCGAAUACUGGGCCGUACGCGUUUCUUGAACGGCAGCGUGUCCUCGGCAAUCGGCUUUCCCUUACCUUCCCGAGGACCCUCGGAGAAGAUCCAGUCCUCUACGAUUGGCUUCUCGAGGUCUCGCAGUAGAUUCCACACACUGGUCUUGGCGAGCGUCCUGCAUGCCGUGUUUUUCGCCAUCAUGGGCAGCGAACGUGGUUUCGCGAGCAUGAUGAUCGCCUACGUCAUCUCCGCCUUCGCAAGAUCUUUCGUCGCAGCAACGCUCAACGUGUACGUGCCAUUCGUAGCGAAGGGCGGACUCGGCUUCCUCUACGGCUUCAACUCUGUAGGAAGUUUCGUAGCGCCGCUCGUGUGCCAGAGCAUCAUCGCCACCGGCAUUCGAUGGGCUAACUUUUACUUUGGCUCGCUGGUGCUCUCUGCGCUCAAUACGAGUUUCAUCAUCUACGCGUUUUGGCCGACGCAGAGCGAGCUCAAAGGAGACGCCGAGCUCGCGUCACAAUUAUACAGGACAGCUGUCGCCGCGUCGGAUGUCGCGAGUUCCUUCGUGGUCGCUACGCCGGAGCGGUCGCCGACGAGUAGCACUGCUCCCAUAGUGAGGAAGAAGGAAGCCCUAGGCCCUCGGAGUGAGUCGUUCCGUGGUUCAUCCCCUCACCAUACGGCAGGCUAUACGGUUGCACUCAAGAACCUGCAGAUGUGGGCGGCCGCGGUGUUCGCGUGCAUUUACAGUGGGAGUGAAAGUGCAACGCAAGGAUUCAUCGUGGUCUACCUGCUGGGUAGUCGACACGCAAACCCGAAUACCGUCGGCUACGUGACUAGCGGGUUCUGGGGCGGUAUGGCGAUCAGCCGCUUCGUCUGGGGCUACCUUGGCAAUAUUAUCACCUUCCGACAACGGAAGUGGAUCGUACAAGCGUGCAUAUUCGUUGCGUUUGUCAUGCACCUCCUGAUCCUUCUCGUUCCGUCAUUCGUCGAAAACGCCAUCUCAACGGCCGUGAUCGGCGCGGUGUACGGCCCCAUCUUCCCCUCCAACCUCGAUUCCGCGCGUGAUCUUUUGCCGACAGAGAUCCAUCUUGUAUCGCUGGCGGUCAUUGCUGCUUGCGCGAGUUUCGGUGCCGCACUGUUCCCGUUUAUUGCCGGGCUGCUCUCGACCUCCGUCGGCGCAAAUACGCUGCCAUACAUCACGAUCGCGCAGACUGUCACCAUGUCUCUCAUCUGGUUUGUCUUGCCUUCACGACUCCCGACGAACCAAAACUAG